AUCUGCAUCCGAGGACGCUCCUGGAAACCCUAGCGCUCUCCCCUUCCUUCCUCCCUCGCGCCGCCACCAUUCUCCUCUUCAUCUCCCUCGUUUUACUUCUUCUCUGUGAGUCAACGAACGACACCUCCACAUGCCCCGCCAUGGCGCCACCGCCACAGACCACCCCCCGCCGUUCUGAGGGCACCGGGAGGUGCGUCUCGUCCUCCUCUACAACCUGGUUCAAGGAAUCGACCGGGGGCUCGCUACUUCACCGGCAAAUUCGCCGAUUCUUCUCCAACUUUGGCGACCGAAUUCGUCAAUUCCGGUCGCCUCCGUCGUCCUCCGCCUGCACCGUUUACACCUCGAGCUUCAGGACCUCGACGCCAGCGAUGCUCCGGUGGCCCCCUGGACUCCUCACCGUCACCAUAUGCUUCUCCACGUUCAGCCGCACCCACGCCACCAUCUCGCCCAUCCUGGCUCGCCCCAUCUCCGCCAUUCCCGAGCCCGUUUGCAAGCAUCCGCCAUGGCCCCGAGCUCCGCUGUGGUCGAGUUCAAAAGGAAGUGCCCCCGUUUCCCUUCAACAUUCACACAGUAGCCUGGAUGGUUAG